AUGCGGACCACUUAUACGUCAAUCAAAGAUAUUACUCCAAAGACAAGGGAUUGGAAAAUCAAAAUGCUUGUAGUUGAAAAAUCUCCCAAACGAACUAGCCAACACUCAUCAGUCAAGUACCAAAAUUUAAUGUUGGUUGAUGAACAGGGAAAUCGUCUGCAAGCAACAAUAUUUGGAAAUGAUGUUGAUUCAAGGGAAGACACUUUACAUAUUUUUCAAUCUUACUAUAUUAUUAAUGCAUAUGUAAAGCUACUGGAUCCUAAAUAUAGAAUGGACUCACAUCAAUAUCAAUGGGUUAUAAAUGCAAAAACAAUCAUUGAAGAAAUACCAGAAAAUGAAGAUCAAGUUCAAAUGCCAAAGUACAACUUGAUUCCCAUUGAUGAAUUGGAUGCUUAUAAAGAUUCAAUUGCAGAAAUAGACCUCUUAGCAAUUGCCCUUCAUAUAAAACCCCCUAAAGAAAUAACAUUAACAAAUGGACCAGCUACUCUUCAAGAAAUCUAUGUCAUAGAUCAAAGCUUUAAUCCAAUCUCAUUGACUAUGUGGGGUCGUUUCGUUCAAGAUGAAUGCCAAAAAAUUUCAGAUAUAAUCGAAACAAAACCGAUUAUACUUGCAACAAAACUAAAAGUUCGCUCUUACAAUGGCGUGUCUCUUUCGUCUCGACCAACAAGUGCUUUUACAAUCAAUCCUGUUAUUCCCGAGGCAAAACCACUGCAAAGAUGUUGUCGAGCAUAUGUUGAAGUUGACGAUGGGACAGGAAAAUUACCAGCUGUUAUGUUCGGUGAAUUUGCAGAAGAAGCAUUGGGUCAUUCAGCCAUUGAUUUCAUGAAUCAUACUGGAGAGGAACAUUUACCAUUUAUAGAAAAAAUGGCAGCAGAGUGUUCAGAAAAUCAAUGGAUGAUUCAAGUUGCUGUAGACCCAGAAGUGUUCAACCAACAAAGACACAAAAACUUCAAUGUUAUUUCAAUCAGUCCUGUCCAAUACGGCCCUGAGUUAGAAUAA